GGCGGAGGCGGAGGCCAGUUCCUAGCUCCAGCCGCCGUCGCCGCUGCCUGAGUAGUUGCACCCGCGGCCGCCUCCCGCCAGCUCGCUCCGGGGAAAGAGAACGCGCGCGAGCUCGGGCGUCCCCGCCCCAGCCCUUCCCGGAGCCAUGAAUCCCAACUGCGCCCGGUGCGGCAAGAUCGUGUACCCCACGGAGAAGGUGAACUGUCUGGAUAAGUUCUGGCACAAAGCAUGCUUCCACUGCGAGACCUGCAAGAUGACACUCAACAUGAAGAACUACAAGGGCUACGAGAAGACCCCCUACUGCAAUGCACACUACCCCAAGCAGUCCUUCACCAUGGUGGCUGACACCCCGGAAAACCUCCGCCUCAAGCAACAGAGUGAGCUCCAGAGUCAGGUGCGCUACAAGGAGGAGUUCGAGAAGAACAAGGGCAAAGGGUUCAGCGUGGUGGCGGACACACCCGAACUCCAGAGAAUCAAGAAGACCCAGGACCAGAUCAGUAACAUAAAAUACCACGAGGAGUUUGAGAAGAGCCGUAUGGCCCCCAGCGGGGCUGAGGGCAUGGAGUCUGAGCGCCGAGACACCCAGGAGCAGCAGCAGCCGCCCCACCACAUCCCAGCUAGCGCCCCAGUUUACCAGCAGCCCCAGCAGCAGCCAGUGGCACAAUCCUAUGGUGGCUACAAGGAGCCUGCUGCCCCGGUCUCCAUACCAUGCAGGGCCCCAGGCGGGGGCGGGAAGCGGUACCGCGCUGUGUAUGACUACAGCGCCGCGGACGAGGACGAGGUCUCCUUCCAGGACGGGGACACCAUCGUCAACGUGCAGCAGAUCGACGAUGGCUGGAUGUACGGGACCGUGGAGCGCACUGGCGACACGGGGAUGCUGCCGGCUAACUACGUGGAGGCCAUCUGAGCCCCGGCCCCGCCCCGCCCCGCCCCCCGCCCGUCUUCAGUGCAUUCCACCACAUCAUCUGUCCUGGGCCAACCUGCCCACCCUUCAGUGUCUGUUUUUUUAAAUCCGCGACAGCUUGUUUAUUCCCACCCUCCUUCUGCUUUGGCCAACUGAAGCCUUGUUCUGCCACUUUCGCGGGCUCUUCUCUGGCAGGUUUUUCCCUUGACCAACUUCUUGGUUUUCUCUCCGGACGGAACAGGUGUGGACCUCUCUGGGGGAGGUUGAGGCCUGGGGAGCUGGUCUGGAAUUGCGGACCCAUUGGCUCCCAGGCCUCUGCCUUCUCUCUUUUCUGCCCUCCCCCUCUCCACCCAGACCUUCCUGCCCUCCUCCUACACCCCAACUUUCCAGGACUCCCAGGGGAGGGGCUCCGUACAUUCCAAGAUGGGACCCCACCACCCUUGUCCCUGGGAUGGGCUUUGCCUCUGCUUCUCAAAGACAGGGCUGCCAGCCCUCUGAGGGGGCCCCUCACCACCCUCUCCCACUCUCAAGGACCACAGAGGAGGGGAGCGUUCCCGCUUCGGGGUUCAUUCAUCCCUCCCUGCAUGUGUUCCUUCUCACACUGUGAUUUCGCUCUCCUGCCUACGCACGGGGCGUGGGCGAGGAGCUCCCUAGGAAGCAUGGCUUGGGUCAAGUGCUCGCCUUUCUUACUUUUAGGGACAGCUGCAGGAAGGAGGGGAACAGGGUGUUCUCUCCCACAGCCCUUUUCCUUCCUCCUCCCCUCAGUCCCCAGGCACCCUGGCUGGCUCCUGCACCGAGAGCCAGCCCCCCUGAGCUCUGGGUUAGGUGGGUCCUACCCCCUCCUCCCCAUGGGAAGAUGUCUCAGGCCUCCCCGCAGCCGCCCCUCCUUGGCCCAAAGCCAAGUGGACUGGAACUGUGCAAAGCCACAGAACCUUCGAGCCUCUCCAGGACUCCGCCUAUGGGGGAAGGAGCAUUUCUGUAUCUGCGGCAGUCAGGGUCCAGGCCUGUGGGAGUCUCUGGGAGGACCCCAGCGGGGGAGAAGUCCCUGGUGGCUUCUUUGGCAUGAAAAUUCCUCCUUUCCUUCAAUUGCCAAACAGCAGAAGCCCACCCGCCCCCUUUCCAGUGUGCUGGGCAGAGGUCAGGGAGGGGAGUAGUUGUGGAGUUGGCCGGGCUGAUGUGGGGGCCGGCAGCUUGCUGGGGUGAGGGUGGGGGCAGGCUCCAUGGCUCUAGGCCUCUUCCUUCCCCCCCAUCUCUGUCACCCCUACCAGGGGUGCCUUGCUACCCCCGUGCCCUCCCCCUUACUAACCUCAGGCCCCCUUGAAGCAGAAGGAGAAGGUCCCAGGGCUUCAAAACUGGAAGCACAGACCCCAGGAUGAGGAAGGGAAAGAUGGUGCUAUUUCCAAGUCCCUUCUCUCGCUCGUUGGCGGCUGUGAUGACCCUUGCUUGGCUUCAUUCAUCUCUUCUGGGCUCAUCCUACCCUGGGUCUCCCCCUCCUGUCUUCCCCUCAGGCUCCACAGUUGACAUCUUUGCCUCCUUGUUCCUUCAGGGGAGGGGGGACCCUACAGGCAAAUUUCAGCAGUCAGGUCCUCAGUGCGUGGGGGUUGACGUUGGAAUAUCUUCCCCAAAUCGGAAGAAUGAAGAAACGACCAUUGUGGGUGGGGAGAGCCCUGUCUGAACCGUCUCUCUCUCUCUCUGGCCCCGGCAGAGAUGAAGGCAGGUGGAGGGUCUAUGUUGGACGAUCUGGGGGAUGAGGGAGCCAUCCGUUACCUUUCCUCUUGAUCUCAAAGCACAACUUGGAUUUGGGGACCAAGGUCAGAGACGCGUCCUGUCGUUGGAGGACCUGUGCGGGGAGAGAGGGGAGGAAAGCCUAGAGGAGCAAGAAGGAGUCUGUUCUCCCUUUGCUUCGUUUUCCUUCCACAACAAGGCAGGCCAGCCACUGGAAUCUUGCUGCCGGCCCCCCUGCUCCCCCCGCCCUAAAAAUAGGGGGCCUUUUCUUAUACACCCCCAGAGAGAAGGACUGUCAUACUGGUGCUGAGGGACCCAGGGGCUGCUAAGGCAUCCUUGCUCCUUUCCAGAACCAUCCAUCCCUACAAGAGCACAGAGCCAGUGGCUGGGUCGAGUCCCUGGCCUUUUCAUACAGUUUCCAAAGGUCUUUGGCCAACCUAAUCCCAGGAAAGAAGAUGCAUCAAAGCUAGAAUGUGAAUAUAACUGUAGUGGACCAAUAAGAAAAUGCAAGAAGUCCAUUGGUGAGAAAAGUGAAUUCUGUCAUACUGCUUCCUAUUUUCUUCCUCAUGUCCCUCCAGGGAAAACGACUUUAUUGCUUCAUUUCUGCCUUUAUCCUCUCACAUAUGCACUUUUGGGCCUUUUUUUUUUUUUUUAAAUAGCUGGAAAAAAAAAAAAAAACCACCCCACAAGCCUGUAUUUAAAAAGAAACAAAUGACCAUGUGAAAUUUGCCUCUGUCCAAACAUUUCAUCCGUGUGUGUGUGUGUGUGUGUGUGUGUGUGUGUGUGUGUAUGUAUGUGUGUGAAGCCGUCCGUUCAUCUUUUUAUAUGGGGUGGUUGUCUUUUCUUGGUCUGUUCUGGUCCCCUCCCUUGUGGGCUUGUGCUUGGGAUCAACUCUUUCUGGCCUGUUAACGACUCUCAAUAUUUGACUUGGACCACAAGUGAAUCUUUCUCCUGGUGACUCAAAUAAUAAAAGUAUAAUUUUUACCAGUGGA